AUCCUACCUUGCGGUUUCUGUACCGUUUGCCCAUCCCCGUCUUUUCAAACUUUUUUGUGGAACAACAAAUCACAAAUAGGGCAAAACUGCCUCAUGCUUGAAGCCCUAGCUACGCUGUACCCUGAGACACCGUGAACGCACCAUUUUUCCGCCCCGAUAUACUCUGUCAUUGAAUCCUAAGCCGUUUUAUAUAGCCUUGAAUAAAUGGCGGAGGACGAGCCCAACACAAAUACCGGGGAAGAGGAGGUGGAGAACCGUAGGCAGAAGCACAAGGGAAAGCACGACAAACCAAAACCGUGGGAUGACCCCAGCAUUGACCACUGGAAGGUUGAGAAGUUCGACCCUUCAUGGAAUGAAAGCGGCUUGCUUGAAGUAAGCUCAUUCUCGACUCUAUUCCCUCAGUACAGAGAAAAGUACUUGCAAGAAUGCUGGCCAGUUGUCAGAGGUGCACUCAAAGAGUAUGGUAUAUCAUGUGAGCUUAAUUUGGUUGAAGGAUCCAUGACAGUUUCUACAACUAUGAAAACAAGGGAUCCAUAUAUUAUAGUGAAAGCUCGAGAUCUUAUUAAACUUUUGUCAAGAAGUGUUCCCGCACCCCAGGCAAUUAAAAUUUUGAAUGAUGAGAUGCAAUGUGACAUAAUCAAGAUCGGAAACUUGAUCCGCAACAAGGAACGGUUUGUUAAGCGGAGGCAACAUCUUUUGGGUGCCAAUUCUUCUACGUUGAAGGCCUUGGAAAUUGUGACAGGAUGCUAUAUUCUUGUCCAGGGAAACACUGUUGCUGCAAUGGGUUCAUUUAAGGGGUUAAAACAAGUGCGGAGGAUUGUAGAGGACUGCAUACAUAACAAAAUGCAUCCAUUGUUCCAUAUUAAGAUCCUCAUGAUGAAGAGAGAACUGGCCAAAGAUCCAUCACUGGCAAAUGAAAAUUGGGACAGGUUUCUUCCAAAGUUCAAGAAGAAGAACGUUAAACAAAAGAAAACUAAGACUAAAGAGAAGAAAUCUUAUACACCAUUCCCUCCACCACAGCCACCUAGUAAGGUUGAUUUACAAAUAGAAAGCGGUGAGUACUUCCUGAGUGAAGACAAGAAAUCUUCAAAGAAAUGGAGAGAAAGGCAGGAGAAGCAAGCUGAAAAGAUUUCUGAAAAUAAGAGAAAACGGGAUGCAUCUUUUAUACCGCCUGAGGAACCAACGAAACAGGAUGCUGCUCAUGUUACUAGUAAUGAUGAUAAUGAUGUGACUGCAAUAACCGUGUCUGUGAAGAAAAAGGCAAAGGAGUUUGCACAGCAAAGAUCAAUGGAGAAGAUUGAUGCAGAACAGUUUAUUGCAGUUCCUGCAGGGAAGUCUAAAAAGAAGUCUAAGAGCACUUAGCGUCAAUUUGUGGAUUAUAGCGCAGUUGUUUAUUAAAUCCAAUAGCACUUAGCAUCCCUGAUACUUUGUUGCUACUUCAGUUGUAAUGGGUGUUAAUCAUCUGCAUCUUUACAUCUGGAUCUUAUAAUACAUAAUGCGGUCCUUAAAAAGAGCAUGAGUGAUAUUUGUCUUAAACCAUUUCUACAUAGAAUUGUUGAAAAUAAACUGAAUACAGAAAUACAUAAUGUACCAUAUACCAUAGUUAUUAUGGGUUGCCUAGUCAUCCCGAAGAUGGCAGAGAUGCGCUAGGCUGAGUUAACUUGCCUGAAGUCUCCUAGGC